UAUGUGAGAAGUAGGGAACAAUCAAAAGGUUGUCAGGAUCUAGAAAACUAUUUCAAUUAUUCAUUACUUAUGUGAAUUGGUUUUAAAAAUUUAAAACAAGGUAAAGUUGGAUAGUUAAAGAUUAAAAAAAGAGUGAAGGAAGAUUACAGGGAUUAGGUAUCAUCAAGCAACUGAGAUCAUUAUGACUUUGGGGAAGUGAAUUCGUUUCUAGAAGUUUCAUUGGAGCUGAGACAAAAAGCAUUUUUCUGUUGAUGUUUCUGCACUAAUGGAUACAGCAGCAUCCUCAUUUAACAUCUCCAAAGUGCUGGAAUCAGGCUCUUUGGUCACGAGUGACUUGGAGUCCAAUCUUCAAAAAAGGAAGAUCACCUUAACUGCCCAUCAUGGCUGCUGCAGGGGCUCUGCCUGGUAAAGCAGAAUGUCCUAUGUUAGAGAUCACCAAGCAAGAUUUUUUUGAAGAAGCACAAGCUCUCAUUGCACAUCAUAAGAAAAUAAAUGAGAAUAAAGUUCAAGGUACUUCUAUAAAUGUUUUCAGAAAUAAACAUCAAAAACCAAAAUCUGGCAAAUUCAUACCUUUGGAGAUUAAAAAAAAGGAAACAUUUGAUGUGGUCGAAAAACUUCAGAGGGCACACAAAAGUAUUUGUUUUCCCAAAGAUCUUUCCAAAAGUGAACAUUUGGAGGAGCCCCCAUGCCAGCCUUCUCUCAAGGAGCCACGCAUUUUUAAUGUAAAAGAAAAAUACAAGAAACCUGUAGAUCUAAUUGCAAAAGAACAAGUUAAACUGGGUAAAAUAGUGACUAAUAUUGAAUCAGUGAGUAAAAAAAUGGAGAAAGAAAAACAGCAUCAUGGGAAGUCCAGAAUGUUGGACGCAUCCUAUGCCUUCCCCAUGAUCAAACAUGGCAUGCUCUUACGACCCAUGACCUCCUCUUCUGUGGGGCUUCUGGAAGAAAAUGACAAAACCUUCUAUGAUUGGAGAGGAAUUAUGUCAACAAAGUCGUCUCGUUUGCCUGGUGACUCCAGUUUGCCUGUUGUCUCUGGAUCAUCUACAGUGUUUCGGGAUUACUGUUCUAAAUCCCUUUUGAAAAAAGAACAAUCACCUGUCAAGCCAGAACCAAAGCCACAACCCGGGUCAGUCUUUUAUAUGAUAAAAGAAAAGUAUAAAUUAAUGUGCUUGGUUUUGGUUUUAUCAAUGCAAUUACUGACAUAA